AUGUCUCGGGGACGCUCAGCAAAGAGUUCCCGGGUCGAACGAACUCGUUUCAUACCCUCCUCCGCCGCUAAUUCUCCGCUGUUACGGCUUCGCACAGGAGAAAUCACCACUGAGGGUCGCACUCAACUGCACACUCAUUAUGUUCCUGCACCCUCGCUCCAUGUCUUUGACUCUCUAGAUACUGGUUCUGAUGCAGAAAGUCUCUGUUGUUGUGGUCUUGCUGCCCCUCGUUUCAGAUGUCGCGACUGCUUUGGCACACAGAUGUUUUGCCACGAGUGUGUACUUCACAACCACACAAGGAAUCCUCUGCACAGGAUUGAUAUGUGGAAUGAUUCAUUCUUUCAGCUCACCUCCCUGAAAAAACUGGGUCUACGCGUACAGCUAGGGCAUACUCCUGGCGAAAGAUGCUACAAUCCUCGAACCUCCUCUGGCGAUGAAUUUAUCGUCAUCGACGUCCACAGUGUCCACGAGAUUGCACUGGAUUUUUGUGGGUGUGCGAGUGCUCAAAUUCGCUACAAACAGCUACUCCGCGCCCGCUGGUAUCCAGCAACCAUAUCAGACCCUCGCACUGCUGCAACCUUCGCUUUACUGGAACAUUUCCACCUGUUGUCAUUCGAAAGCAAGGUUUCGGCUUACGAAUUUUACCACUCACUAGCAAGACGGAAUAAUAACGCUGGCCUGUCGGAUAUAAGGGAUCGCUACUCUGCAUUCAUGUGUAUGGUCCACGAGUGGCGGCAUCUGAGGCAGCUUCGGCGUGCAGGGAGGGGACAUGACCCUGGUGGCAUCAAUGCCACUACCACGGGUGAAUUAGCUGUGCAAUGUCCAGCGUGUCCCCACCCUGGCAAAAAUUUACCGCAAGGUUGGGAGGAUCAACCGCUAUCAGUUAGGUGGAAAUAUGCAUUGUUCAUUGCGAUCGACGCAAACUUUAGGCUAAAACGCAAGGCAGUAUCAUCGGAUAACGUAGACCCCAGCCUCAACUCUGGGUGGGCUUAUUUUGUCGAAGAGGUUGCCUACAAGUCAUACCUGGCCGAUCAAGCUGGCGUCAAGCAAGAUCGCAGCAUGUGUGUCAGUCACAACGCUGUUAAUAUGGCAGACACGAAGUCCUCGGAUGGUCUGGCUGCAACAGGUGUUGGUGCGGUAGACUGUGCCAGGCACGAUAUGAAGCUUGCCAAUGGUGUCGGAGAUUUGCAGAAGGGUGAAAAAUAUAUUAACAUGGACUAUCUUGUGUUCUCAGCAUUGUUGGCCUUUACAGUAACCAUGGUCAACAUCUCGUACAAUAUUGCCUGCAAAUGGCAUAAAAAACUCUGGACGCGCAUGGAAGGCAUGCCAUCCCGGUUGCACAUCCCUCACGACUCGAUGACCUUUCAUCUGAAGGCACACAUCGAAGAAUGUCAGAGAAGUUUUUCAUUUAACUGGACCAAACAUGUUGGACGAACAGACGGGGAAGCUCCUGAGCGAGGGUGGUCAAAUAUUAACCAUGUUGCGACGAGUACAAAGGAGAUGGGGCCAGGCUCGCGGUGCGAUACUCUUGACGACCAUUUUGGGGAUUGGAACUGGAAGAAGGUCACAGCAUUAGGCCGUACACUGUUGCGCAAGAUAGGUGACGCUAUCAAGUGGAAGAGGGAGCACAGAGAGGCACUCGGAGAACUAGAGAAGACCAUCGAACCGACACUGAUCCUUCAGUGGAUGAGGGAAGUGGAAGCUUGGGAAAAUGAUAACUCUCAACGCAAUCCGUUUGAGAGCCGUUUUGCUCCCAUUACACAGGCUGCCGUACGCCUACAGCUUGCUGAGCUCGAAGCUCGCGAGCUUCAGGCUGGGAUCAACGUGUCUCUGCACACCGACAUCUCUCCAAGCAGGCUAAUCACCAGUGGUAUUGAUCUACAGGACCAACAGCAGCGCCUCAAGGUGGACAUCGCCAACAUGUCUCUUCACCCCACGGACAACCAGAAGACAAAUUUACAGACACGUAUUACCACCCUUCAACGUCGCAUUGAUGCCUGGGCCCGUAUCCAGGAAUUGUACAUUCCUGUUGUUUCGCAAUUUCGCCAUCGAUCGUCUGACGCUAGCGUGUCGAAUACUGCGGUGCUGAGGCCCAAGACCUUUAAGCUAUGGCUUCCAUCCGAGCUCGAGCCAACAGCCACAUGCGACGAGAGGUUGGCUGCCCAUGAAUGGGAGUUACGGCAUGCACAAGCACUCGAUUCUCUCAACGAAAUCCGUUCACAUCUUCGUCUUUGGUCGCACAUGUACAUUUACAAGGACAGAAAUGUCCGCGGUCAAGCCGCUUCCACUCGCGCACAGGCCCUCAUUGAUGGUGUCGAGGUGAGGAAACAAGCCAGUGUCGAGAAGUACCGGCGUGCACGUAAUGCACUGUUAGCUCUCAGUCAUCGACUCGACAAGUCCGGCUGGGAAAUUUCCCUUCCACGGCUCUUGGAUUCGGAUGUCCGGCCUAUGGGCGAUAUGGAGAGACAAGGGACUGGUACCAUCUCGUGGAUCUGGCUAGAUUCGCGCACAGAUAACACUAAUUCAGAAAAUGACCGAGUUCAGGACUGCGUUCGAGUAGAGUGGUGUAAAGCGCGUGCACGCGUAAAUCGGUGGUCCGAAGAAGUUGAUCUCCUGCUCGAGGAGAUGCGAAGAGUCACAGAGUUUUUGAAGUGGCAGGCAGGGUGGUGGGGUGAAUGGGUUAAUGCUCGUGUGCUGGAGUCAGCUGAACAGGAGGGAGUCGCUGCAUAUGCCUAUCGUCAGGCUGCACUACGCACAUCUCUCGUUGCCUCCUUUCAGCACUUGUGGAGAGACGUACCCAAGAGUGUAAUCGCUCUGAGCAUUCCAAUGGACAGCGAGGAUGUCCCACCUACUAUUGAUGCACGGCCCCGGUUGCACGAUGAUCUGUAGUCAGUAAUACAUUAGCUUGUUGAUAUGUCAUUCAUUUCAUGUUUUCAAUAUCACGCUCGGAUCAGAA